GCCGCUUCCGGGGUCGCCCAGCGCCGGGUCUGCGGUUCUGGCCUGAGGCGUCGGGCUUCCUUUAGCAUGGCGGACAUGGAGGAGCUCUUCGGGAGCGACGCGGACACGGAACCGGAGCAAAAAGACUCUGAUUCUGGAUCUGACUCAGAUUCUGACCGGGAGAACACUGGCUCUGUUAGCAACAUUUCCGGAAGCGAGAGCGACAGAGAGGAUGACCGGGAUGCUUUGAAACCCAGUAACAAAGAGUUGUUUGGUGAAGACAGUGAGGACGAUGGUGCUUCUCACCACAGCGGCAGUGACAAUCAGUCUGAGCGAUCCUACAAUCAUUCUGAAGGCUCAGGACACUCUGAACGGGAGGACAAUGACCAGUCGGAUCUCGAACAGCACAGUGGUUCAGAAGCUGCGCAUGAUGAGGAAGAUGAUGAGGACCACAGGUCAGAUGAAGGUAGCCAUCACUCCGAGGCUGAAGGAUCUGAGAAAGCCCACUCCGAGGAUGAAAAAUGGGGUGGGGAGGACAAGAGCGAUCAGUCAGACGAUGAGGAGAAGCUCCAGAAUUCUGACGACGAAGAGCAGGCUCAGCAUUCAGAUGACGAAGAGAAAAACUCCGAUGAUGAAGAGAGGCCCCAGAUCUCUGACAACAAAGAGAGGCUGCACCAGUCGGACGAUGAAGACGAGAGGCCCCCGGUUUCUGAUGAAGAGAAGCUUCAGAAUUCCGAUGAGGAUGAAAGGCCACGAAAUUCCGAUGAGGAAAACAUGCAGAACUCGGAGGAUGAAGAGGAACGGCUGCCACGUUCGGAGGAGGAGAAGCUGCAGAAUUCAGACGAUGAGAGGCCCCAGCAUUCAGAGGAUGAAGAGGAACGUGAACACAAAUCAGAAUCAGCAAGAGGCAGUGACAGCGAUGAUGAUAUUCCCCAUACAAAGGGCAAGAAGCAAAUUGCAUCCGAUUCCGAAAUGGAGAGCGAUACGGAAGGGCAGAAAAAUAACAGAGACGCAAUGGAUCUGUUUGGAGGAGCAGAUGAUAUAUCUUCAGGGAGCGAUGGGGAGGACAAGCCACCAACCCCAGGGCAGCCUAUUGAUGAGAACGGUUUGAAUGAAGAUCAGCAAGAAGAAGAGCCUAUUCCAGAAACACGAAUAGAAGUAGAAAUUCCAAAAGUCAACACGGACUUAGGAAAUGACUUGUAUUUUGUAAAGCUCCCCAAUUUCCUCAGUGUGGAACCCAGGCCUUUUGAUCCUCAGUAUUACGAGGAUGAAUUUGAAGACGAGGAGAUGCUUGAUGAAGAAGGUAGAACGAGGUUAAAACUGAAGGUAGAGAACACCAUACGUUGGCGAACUCGCCGAGAUGAUGAAGGUACCGAGAUUCGAGAAAGUAACGCACGGAUAGUCAAGUGGUCUGACGGGAGCAUGUCCCUGCACUUGGGGAACGAAGUUUUUGAUGUGUAUAAGGCACCCCUGCAGGGAGACCACAACCAUCUAUUCAUCAGACAAGGAACAGGACUGCAGGGACAGGCCGUCUUCAAGACGAAAUUGACCUUCCGGCCACACUCAACAGACAGUGCCACACACAGAAAGAUGACUCUUUCACUGGCAGACCGAUGUUCAAAGACACAGAAAAUUCGUAUUCUGCCAAUGGCUGGUCGUGAUCCAGAGUCCCAGCGCACAGAAAUGAUUAAGAAAGAGGAGGAGAGGCUGCGGGCUUCUAUCCGUAGGGAGUCCCAGCAGAGGAGGAUGCGCGAGAAGCAACACCAGCGGGGACUCAGCGCCAGUUACUUAGAGCCUGACCGCUACGAUGAGGAAGAAGAAGGGGAAGAGGCCAUCAGCCUGGCAGCCAUCAAGAACAGAUACAAAGGCGGGAUACGAGAGGAGCGGGCUCGGAUUUAUUCUUCAGACAGUGACGACGGAUCUGAUGAGGAGAAAGCACAGAGGUUACUCAAGGCAAAGAAACUCAAUAGUGAUGAGGAGGGUGAGCCUUCAGGUAAAAGAAAAGCUGAAGACGACGAAAAGGCCAGCAAGAAACAGAAGAAGUAUGUGAUCAGUGAUGAGGAAGACGAGGAUGAGGAUGCAUAAUGGGCAUGAACUCUGAACUUUGGGGAUAGGUUGUUUUUAAAAAAUAGAGACUAUAUUGUUCUUUUCCAGCCGUGAUGUAAGCCAACUCCAUGAGGACUGGGGUGGGGGGAGACACUUGCAUUAAUAAUACUAACGUGAAUAAAACUUUUUGUGGGACUUUUUAA